GACAAAGAAGAAGAGCUAACAAUAUGUCUGCAGAUAAAACCAAAGUGACGAUCAAGAAGAAGUUGGGAUGUGGAGCCAAGUGUCUUAAAUUUCUCAUCUUUUUCUUCAAUUUUAUAUUUCUGAUUGCUGGCUGUGCAGUUCUUGGGGUUGGGGUAUGGAUUUAUAUUGAGAGUACUAGCAUCAAGGCGAUUAUGGGGAGUUCAUUGUUGUUGAAUUCAGCAUACACAUUGAUGGUAGCUGGAGCUAUUGCAAUAUUGAUGGCUGCUCUUGGUUGCUGUGGAGCAUGGAAAGAAAAUAAAUGUUUACUGAUGACAUAUUUUAUUGCCUUAAUGAUCAUCUUUUUUGCUGAACUGGUCGGAGGUAUAAUGGCUUACGCGUACAGGAAUGAUGCGAAAUUCACAGUAAAAAAAUCCAUGCAAAGUACAUUGAAAGAAGCAUAUGGUUUGGAAGGGAACAAAGGUGUUACAGAUACAUGGGAUGACACACAGCGAAAAUUUGAAUGCUGUGGUGUGGAAGGUAACACUACAGACGCUUAUCAGCUAUGGUUGGUUAGUGACUGGUAUGUAGAACAGGUUGGCGACCCAAAGGAAAAGGUCCCAUCAAGCUGCUGUAAAAGAAAUGAUGAUGGAGAUGUUAUCAAUUUACAAGAAUGCCAGCAGUUAGAACCGGAUUUUGAUAAUCCAGAUCAAGUCAACACUGAAGGCUGUUUUGAUUCUGUCUACGAGUUUAUCUUGGACAAUUCACUUGUGAUUGGUGGUGUUGGCGUGGGUAUAGCUUUUAUACAGAUUUUUGGAAUGGUAUUUGCACUUUGUCUUUUUAGACAGUUGUAAUAGACAAGUGUAGAGAAUAUCAGCACACAUAUGAUUGUAAUAGUAUAUAGAAUGGUAUGUAACGGUAUGCUGGUAGAAACUACAACUCAAGUUGAAAAACUGAUGGAUCUAAAAUCUACUAACAUAUAACAACUGCUGACAAUAUGCCUCCAAGAAGAUUUAGAGAUUAAACUGAAAUAUGAAUAUAUCUCUUCUAUAAUCAUAAAAUGACUGCUAAACUAAAAAAAUAAUAAUCCUAAUACCACAACCUGUGAAGUCUGAAUAUAGUGUGAAAAUCUCCACUGCUAUGGUGAACCAUAGCUCCAGAUUUCCCAAUCUCCAAAUGUUUUAAAAGUUUUAGAUUGUACUCAUGUUUAAAUAUUUUUUAAUAACAUUUUUUCACUGAGGUCAUCCAAAUAUGUCACUCUUCUUAUGAUAUGUUGCCAGAAAUAUAAAUCUGUCUGCCU